AUAAGAAAAACUCGAUUGUAGUGGCUGUGGUUCCGUGAAAGGACGUCUGUGUCGCGCAGAGGAAUUGCUUUCUUAAUGUUGGGUCGACAUACUCAAAUUAUACAGACUUUAAUAAUGCGGUGACCGCAUUCGAAAAUGAGAAUUUUGUCCAGUUUUACCGCCGCGACGCAAGAACAAUUGAAAAAGUCAAACGAUUAAAUCCAAGGCACCAUUACAAUCCUGAGUUGAAGUAUGUGAACAUACAUCUGACUUGUAUACACGGUGGCAGAAAUGUCUUAUCACAUUCUAAAGGAGUGCGUCCGAAAACGAGUACCAGCAGAGUUGGAUGCCCAGCUUUAAUCAAAGUCAAAACUACAGAGGAUGGAGAGAGAUUAGUUGUAAAGGAAAUGGUCAAAAUACACAACCAUGAAGUCAGUGAGGCUGCAUUCAAGCACUACCCCAAGAGGAGACAACUAUGUCCGGCUGAACGCGCCAAGUGUUCAGAAUUGCUGACAAAGUACGAUGGCAACAAAAGUUUGGUGAUCGAAGAGCUCAACUGGAGAAAGUUGAGGAAAAGUCUGGAAACUGGAGGAAAAGGAAAAGUCUGUAACUGGAAAAGUUGAGGAAAAGUCUGUAACUGGAAAAGUCAUCCUACCGAAGGACAUUCACAACAUUGCAGCGACAAUGAACUGUCCUCCAAAAUGUGAGCGAAAGAAAAACAAGAGGUGACCAAAGGGAUUCGAAUGGUGAUGGACACCGACACAAAGCUAAGAGAACAGGCAAGAAAAAGGCGGCCUGGAUCUGGUUAGUAUUUCUGACAUAAUACGGGCUAUUAUGUUAAGGACAGAGCAUUGCCAUUACGUUGGGGAUGUUACACCCUCACAUACAGAGGAGUAGUGGUGGUGUUCUUUUUUUACCUGACCUCGAACAACCACCCGGAAGUCUGGUGAGCUUACACUCCGGUGGUAAUCACCUUGGUAAUAACAGGCUACAGUUUACCAACCMUUUGACCUGUGUAUCUACCUACGUGCGCAGGACAUUGGUCCGUGGGUUUCGUGUAGCACAGAACCAUGAGAAAUAUAGUUAUAUUUCUAUGCACAGAACGUUAGCRCGGUCAAUUCCAAAAAUGCAUUGAGAAGCCAGUUCCAACAGCAAAAUGUAUAGCUGGCAGGGUUACACAUGGGGUUUCCAUAUAGGCAAUAUCAGAUCAUCUUUACGGCUGCUCGACUCAGCCUGAUAACUUAUGAUUKAAUUCCUAUACUGUGUGUCUUCUCCAUUCAUUCCGAUAUCAAGGUGCAUGACAAGGUGUAGCAGACAUGCUUUAGUCUUUCAAAGAAGACGUGUCCGCAGCGACAGUCAAACUAUCGUCAAGCACAAUCUUSCGGCGUUCAAGGAUCCGAGGAGGUCCGAGAAGAAACUGGUGCUUGACGUGGACACGGGGGUGGAUGACGCUCAGGCCAUCAUGAUGGCUCUCGCAGCCCCCAACGUGGAGGUCCUGGYGAUCACCUGCGUAAGCGGCAACACCUCCCUAAACUCCUGCAGGAACACACUGCGCGUCCUCAAGGUCUGCCAGAGACUUGAGAUCCCAGUGUUCGGUGGAGCUGCGGAGCCUCUGAUGGGCCACCCRCUGUCGGCAGGCUCCUUCCACGGGCAGGAUGGGCUGGGGGACGCCCCUGACCCAGAUGCCCCGGGCCUGGAGCUGCUGCAGACAGAAGGGGCUGUGGAAGCCAUUAUCGGGCUGGUCAAUGAGAACCCUGGAGAGGUGUGCCUGGUAGCUAUGGCCCCGUUGACCAACCUGGCCCUUGCAGUGAAGAUUGACCCCACCCUCCCUCAGAAACUCAAAGGUCUCUUCAUCAUGGGAGGCAACACUGACUCGAGGGGGAACACCACAGUGUGUGGAGAGUUCAACUUUGCUGCCGACCCGGAGGCUGCUUACAUCGUCCUGAACCGCUUCUUCUGUCCAACCUACAUCGCUACCUGGGAGUUCUGCUGUGAGAACAAGCUACCAUGGGUAAUCUGCGACAACUGGCUGGCCCAGGACUCAGACAAGGCCCGCUUCAUGAAGAGCAUCUUCAAACACACCAUGGACACCGUGGCCACUUGUGCUCGCUACCAACGGGAGAUGACGGCUGGCCCGGGUUUCGUGUCGUGUGACUCGUACGCCAUGGCGGCGGCCAUCGAUGAAGGUUUCAUGUGGGUGUCUGAGCCGSUYGCSGUUACCGUGGAGCUUCAGGGGACCUACACCCGGGGCAUGAUGGUCCRGGACAAGCUGGGAGUCCUGGAGAAGGAGCACCAAGUUSUCAUCAUGAGGACGGUGGACCUGGAGAGCUUCAAGGGGAUGUUGAUGGACUCCCUGAAGUAAUAAGCGCUGGGCUGGGAACUACACCUAUACCGCUGUCCCAUAUUGCUUUCAAUUGUUUAUUUUUGGGGAGGGCUCAAAUUCCACUCUUCGUAAUGAGUUUAGUACAGAUAGAUCUUGAUAAGAGGGAGACAGUUUGUGGUGGUGGAUAUGUCUCUAGUGUCUGUUUUGACUUGCCAUUAUGUUCUGAAUCACCAGCAAUCAUUUUACUUUAUCAGGAAGUUAAUUUUCUGAUAUUGUCUUACUUGAGCUCAGCAGCAAAUGUCCAUGAGUGAUGUUAUCAGUUACUUGUUUUAGAUUGCAUUUCUUUCCUGUUAAUGAAAAGGGGGAUGAAGUAAAACCUCUUUAUUGAAAGUG